AUGGAGCCAAAAAAGCGAGGAAUCAGCGAGGUCAAUGGAUAUCAAACCUCCCCAUCUAAGCUGUUCAAGAAAACAUGCCAAGAUUCCCAGCUCAACGGCCAGAGCAUGAAUGGAGGCUCUGUGAAGAGUGUAGACAGCUACAAGAAUCUCAAGGAGCUUUUCUCGCCAUCGGUCGUUGCUAAAGUGUGGGGGAUCGCCCAGAGAGAUCUAAACAAUGUCCAACCGCCAUAUCUCUACCCUGAGUAUACUAAGCCUGGCCACAGCAACUACGUUUACCGGGAGCUGGAGUUUUGGACGUCGGGGUUCUUCCCGGGAUCUCUCCACCUCCUCUUAGAGCGCCAGAGGAAGUAUCGUCACUUAACCACGCCACCUGGCAGUGAAAUACUACCUCACCCCAUCCAGCUUGACUUUGCUUGCAAGUGGUGGACAGAAAAUCUGCACACAAAUGCCACGCUUCUUGGUACCCAUGACCUUGGGUUCAUGAUCUAUCCUUGGGCGCGGGUGCGAUGGGAACUUGACCACGAUCAUCGAUCUUUUGAUACCAUGAUGAGAGCCGCGGGCACCCUCGCUGAUCGGUUUAGCGAGACAGUCGGAGCCAUGCGGUCAUGGGAUACAUGUAUGACCAAAGUGUACCAUUACAACGAUCUGACCACUGACUUUCUUGUCAUUAUUGAUAAUAUGAUGAAUUUGGAUCUUAUCUUCUGGGCAGCUGCCAAUCAUGAUUCGCCGAUUGAAGCCCAGAGGCUCUACAAGAUUGCUGUCGGUCACGCCCGAAUGUCUCAGCAGCAUCACGUUGCAGGCGAUUUCUCCACCAGACAUGUGGUCAAUUUUGACCCCGAGACUGGCCGAAUCAAGGAGAAAAUUACAAACCAAGGUUACUCGCACGAUUCCUGUUGGGCUAGAGGUCAAGCAUGGGCUAUAGCCGGAUUCGCUCAAACAGCACAGUGGACUGGAGAUGACAGUUUCUUGCAAACUGCCAUCGAUUGCGCCGACUAUUUCAUCAAACGAUUACCUCCCGACACUUCUAUUCCACCAUGGGACUUUGAUGCACCCCUCAUAGAUGAGCAGGGAAACCCGCAGCCUACAGACACCAGUGCUGGACUCAUUGCUGCGUACGGGAUGUUGAUCAUUCACGAUAUCCUGAGAAAGCGUAACCAAGGUACCACAUAUCUUGAGUCGGCCCUACGAAUUGUGGAUGGGACCUGUGAGAAUCAUCUCAACGAACGUGCUGUAUUCAUGAAGGAUUCGAGGUCGAUCGAAACCGUUGAGCAUGGAUUGCUUAAGAAUGCCAGCUCGGCCGUCUCUGCUGAGCUGCAUGAAGGUGAUACGAUCGUCAAUGGCGCGACCAUAAACAAUUUUGAGCACGCACCGAGAAGAUGGGCAAAUCAUGGUCUUGUGUAUGCCGACUAUUAUUAUCUGCUUGUUGGGAAUAAGUUGUUGGAGAUGGGUGUUGGGGAGCAAGUUCUACGGCAAUGCCAGCAAGCCAACGGAAGUAAUGGAAAGUUAAGCACAAAUAAUAAUUAG